AUGAUGACGGGUCAUGGAGCUCCAGUUGACAUGUUUGAAAGUCAGCUUGAUGAGUCUAUGGUGUGUAUGGAAUACUGCCUCCUCAAGAAGCCUGACGAACUCCCAAAAGCCAAGAACUUCGUGAAUUUGUGGCCGGGGCAGUAUGGACGAGUCUUGGCCUGUGACGACAUCUUCAUGGCCAAGUUCUCACAAGGAGGUGGCAGCGCAUGCAAGUACCAGUAUAUGGAGAGGAAGGAAUGGAAAGGCAAACCGUUGCUGGUGUAUGCUCAUUGCCAGAAUAGAUUCCCAUACGUUGGUGUCUUGAUCCACGAAUUUCGACCGAAGAUCGUGGUGGAGCAAGGGAUAUGCACUCGAGAUGAUGGCUUGGUGCAUGCAGUUUCAUGGCGCUACAGCAGCUCAGGGGAGCACAUCUGCACCAAGUUCUUCUACGCCAACGAUCGCAUUACGCAGGGGAAUGCCUUGAAAUACUGUUUGGACCACCUCGUCCAAAACGGGGUCACCACAUCGGUGACAGAAUGCGUGCUGUCGGUGCCCUUUCAACCGAACCAGCUCUUAUUCAAGCCCGACUAUACGCACAGUCAGACGAUUUUUGCGGAGAGCGAGUCUGUCCGGCCUUGGGGCAUUGUUGAUCAAGAUUCCAUUGGCAGUGGCUCGGUUUUGUAG